AUCAAAACUUUGUUGACGGUGAACAUCUUGGUCUUCGUGGGCAUCAUCCUCUUCUCCGUCUACUGCAGGAUCCAGGACCGCUCCCAGGAGCUGGUGCAGAUCGUCCGGAGCGCGGACCGCCGGGCCAGGAGCCGCGGCGCCAAGGUGGGCAGCCUGGCCGACAGAGAGUCCAUCCUGCAGCGCCUGGACCACCUGGAGGAAGUGGUCUACAACCAGCUAAAUGGUCUGGCAAAGCCUAUGGGAUUAGUUGAAGGUCCAGGAGGCUUGGGCCAGGGGGGAAUGGCUGCUACCCUGAGAGACGAUAGCCAUGAAUCAGAGACUAAGUAUGAAGAAUAUGGUUACAAUGCCCAACUCAGUGACAGGAUAUCACUGGACAGGUCCAUCCCUGACUACAGACCAAAAAAGUGCAAACAGAUGACCUACCCAGAUGACCUGCCCCAGAUCUCUGUGGUCUUUAUAUUUGUAAACGAGGCACUCUCUGUCAUCCUGCGCUCUGUGCACAGCGUUGUGAAUCACACCCCAUCCCACUUGCUCAAGGAGAUCAUUCUGGUGGAUGACAACAGUGACAAUGUUGAGCUAAAAUUUAAUCUGGACCAGUAUGUCAAUAAAAGAUACCCAGGUCUGGUGAAAAUCGUGCGCAAUAACAAACGAGAAGGACUGAUUCGAGCCAGAAUCCAAGGCUGGAAAGCAGCAACCUCUCCUGUUGUUGGGUUCUUUGAUGCUCACGUUGAGUUCAACAUUGGCUGGGUGGAACCUGCACUUACCCGGAUCAAAGAAGAUCGAAAGCGGAUCAUCUUACCAGCAAUUGACAACAUCAAGUACAAUACUUUUGAAGUGCAGCAAUAUGCCAAUGCAGCCCACGGCUAUAACUGGGGCCUCUGGUGCAUGUACAUAAUCCCACCACAGGACUGGCUCGAUAAAGGGGAUGAGUCAGCUCCUAUCAGGACACCAGCCAUGAUUGGAUGCUCGUUUGUAGUGGACCGAGAGUAUUUUGGUGAGAUUGGCUUGCUUGACCCUGGUAUGGAGGUCUAUGGAGGAGAAAACAUUGAAUUAGGCAUGAGG